CGAUAGCCCUCUAUCUGUGGCCUCAGCGCCUGUCGGUGCAGCCUCGGGGUUAUUUCUGGCGGGGCGGUUGCGCUGUGGUCAGUGUGGCUGGUGCUGGGGCCUGGCAGGGGCGGGGCGGCCUUAUGGCCUAGUUGUUCAGCCAACGCCUGGCGCUCCAGAGCCAGCAGGGCCACUGUCCUCUCGCCAUGGGCUCUGGGCCGCACGGGGCGCUGAGCCUGCUGCUCCUGCUGGUCGCGCCACCGAGCCGCGCGGCCACAAGCUGCCCCGCGCCUUGUGUCUGCGCGGGGACGCGCGUGGACUGCGGGCGCCGCGGGCUGACGUGGGCCUCGCUGCCGACCGCCUUCCCGCCGGACACGACCGAACUGGUGCUGACCGGCAACAACCUGACGGCGCUGCCGCCGGGGCUGCUGGAUGCGCUGCCCUUGCUGCGCGCCGCGCACCUGGGCGCUAACCCCUGGCGCUGCGACUGCCACCUGGUGCCGCUGCGCGCCUGGCUGGCCGGCCAGACCGAGCGCGCGUGUGGCCCCCACCUGGCUGGCCCUGUGAACAGUGAAGGCUGCUCUCCAUGGACCCCCAACAGGACUCUAAUGAGGAGCCUCAUGCCUGGGCCCCUGCCACCUGGCGCAGGAAGACCCCCGGCCCCCACUGACCGGAUGGGGGAGGCUGCCGUUGACACGGCCUUUGUCCUGUCCUUUGUGUGGGGCAUCCGGCCCAUUGUGGGCUGCGGCCUACUGUCGGGUUGUCCAUCUGGCCUUAUCACCAUGCUGGGCACAGUGGCCACCUUUGUACAAAUGAACUGCCACCUUGCCUUCCCCAGGGGGUAG